CGGGAGUUGCGUGGUUGCGUGCGCAAGCCGCACAACCCAGCACGAGCGUGUGGGCUUUUUGACAUCGCGAGGCGAGAGUCACCGACUCUUACCUCUUACUCCGAAGCCUCAACUGAACGCACUGAACGCGCAUGUUGUGUGGACGUGUGGACGGUGUGGACACGCGAAACCCACCAAAACGAUAAACGCGUGUGUUGUUGUUUUUUUUUUCUUUAUUCGUCGCAUUUUAACGUCGCGAGUGUUUGCAUUUCUCGUGCUAGCCAGUGCUAGCCUCAAAUCAAGCAUGUUAGAGUUUGCAAUAUUUGCCGUGUGUUUCGUUGUCUUUCUGCUGAUGCUCGUCGUCUAUCUCUACCCGGGCUCUAGCAAACAGACGACCAUUCCUGGUAUCGACCCGUCGGAUCCAAAGGAAGGCAAUGUUGGAGACAUUGUCCAAGCAGGGGGACUCAAGAAUUUCCUGCUCUCGUUGCACAAGGACCAUGGACCAAUCACUUCGUUCUGGAUGGGCACAAAGCUUGUCAUCAGCAUCGGUGAUGCGGAGCUGUUCAAAACGCAAACGCACAUCUUCGACAAGCCCGCGGAUCUCUUCGAGCUGUAUCGCGACCUGGUUGGAGCAGACAGCAUCCUGUUCGCCAAUGGCGCAGAAGCACGCCAGAGGCGCAGGCGCUUGGACGACGUCCUUACGGGUGACCGCAUCAACGAUUUCGUCGGUCCCUUGCAGAAGAUGUGCGCCGAAGUGGUGGAUCGUUGGGAGAGUCUACCUGCGGAAGAGCACGUGCCCAUCUACCAAUACAUGUAUGCACUCUGCAUGAAGACCUGCACCCGUCUACUCUUUGGCGACUAUUUCUUUGACGACAAACAUGUCUUGGAGUUCAGUAGGGCCUUUGAGCUGUGUGUCAAGGAACUGGAAGAGAUGGCUGGUGGCAUGGUCCCAGACCCUGACAGCCCUAGGACCAAGAAGUAUGAAGAAGCUGCCAAAAAGUUGAGGAGCCUGCUGAAGCAAGCCCUGGAAAAUAGCUCCCGGUCCAAAAAAGGCAGUGGCCCGAAGACGCUCACAGACGUCCUUUCAGAUGGAAGCGUGUCAGACAAAGUGGCACUUGACGACUGCGUCACUUUUGCCCUUAAGAGCUACUCCCUUGUCUCGGCUAUGACGUGGGCUCUGUACUUCCUGGCAACACAUCCGGACGUGCAAGACACCAUUGCGAAAGAGACAGACAAGUUGAUGAGCAAGGAGGCUCCCCUGAAGCUGCAAGAUUUCAUGCAGCUCAGCAACCUUCAGAAGACCAUCAAGGAGACCCUACGCACCGCAACCGUUGAACCGUGGACGGCCCGGUGCCAGGAUGUGGAUGUGGAGAUUGCUGGUCACGUCAUCCCCAAGAAGACACCAGUGAUACAGGCCCUUGGUGUGGUCCUGCACGAGGAAGCCCACUGGAAGGUGCCACACAGGUUCGACAGCUCUCGGUUCAACGAGAAAUUCCCGGAGCUGGCGUACUGUCCCUUCGGCUUUGCGGGCAUGCGCUUGUGUCCAGGGAAGGACCUGAGCAUGCUGCACAUGUCGGUGUUCCUGGCGACCCUGUGCCACAGACUCAAGCUCAGGCUCAUCCAGGACCAGGUGGUGACGCCCACCUUCGCCCUCAUCACCAAGACUGACGACGAGGUCUGGCUCACCCUCGAGCGACGCAGGCCCUGAGGCACCAGUCUCCAUUUUGUGACGGAAAGUCACCAUGUGGAGUCUUCCAACCUCAAAUUUCACGUUCCAAGGCAAGGGGCACCAUAUAGGUUUUUCUAAGGGUUCCCUUUUUUUUUUUUUUUUUUUUAUGCAUUUUUCUUUUUUGAUGUCUUUUCAAAGUUGUUUCCAUUUCGAGGUGAAUGCAGAUCUUGAAUAAAUAAGUUAUAUUUGAAUGUAA